AAGUCAGUCAGUGUCAAAAUGUCGUCGUGGGUUGUCUCCACCACCGAGCUGUGCGAUUGUGGGGCCAAGGGCUCUAAAACCCCAUCCGCAUCCUCGCGGCACACGCGCCUGAUCCUGCUGGUGUGGCACAAUCUCGCCGAGAAGUGCCACAAGUUCGGUAGUUUUCUCCGCCGCGAAACGAAUAAGCCGCUGCCCAAAGAAGUGAGGCGAUCGUUACGUCUUAACAAAUCGGCACGCCGGAAAGGCUAUCGGAGUUGCGAGAGCGAGGCAGAUAAACGGCUGAUGAAAGAGCGUUUGAACGAGCCCGCCAACAUAUCCAUUCGCAUAGGACCUGCUUACGAAUAUAGGCCAUCGAAUUUCUGACCGAUCGGGCAAAUUACAUAAGGAUAUAUGUAGUUCUUCGAAUUUUGUAGCUCUGCUAACUUCUGACUCAGCUUAAGAUGUAAUGUUGCUGUUAAGUAGCCGCUGUAAACUGUUAUUAAAAGUUUCAGUUUUUACCCUACUUUACACGAAUGUCGUAAGCUCUG